AAUAAUAAUUGAAGUUUAUACGUUGGCCAGCUGUUGAAGCCAUCGUCUUGGCUAUUGGGAUGGGUCUGAAGCAACGCCCAGGCGGUUCCAGGCAUCAAUUCAGCAUAUCUCAAAGUCUAACUCGCGUCUAAAGCUUUAUUUUCUGCAGUGGCUCUUCCCGCAGUCAGUGCUUGAAAAUGGGGAAGAGUUCUACCAGAAGUUGUGCACAUGGCGGAAAUCCACAUCAUGGCUAACAAUCUGUGCUCCUCGCUUCCAUGGGUACUUUUCUUUGUGUUCAUGAUUGAUGCUGCUCUAGGGGUAAGGAAGGACUCAAGUUCCUGUGAUGGCCCUAGCGGUUCAGGUUCCCUGGCCUUGGCUCAAGCUCCAACCUCAACUGACAAGGGUACAUGCAAAUCUCGGGUGGAGAUUUAUGGCUACGAGUGUGAAGAACACCAUGUGGCAACAAAAGAUGGUUACAUUCUCAGUAUACAGAGGAUUCCAAAUGGCCGUUCUGCUACAACCCAGAGAGCAAGGAAGAAACCAGUCUUGCUACAACAUGGGGUCUUCAUGGAUGGGAUCACAUGGCUGUUGAAUUCGCCGCAUGAAUCGCUGGGAUACAUCUUGGCAGACAAAGGAUAUGAUGUUUGGAUCUCCAAUAGUCGUGGAACAAAAUACAGCCUCCAACAUGCCACACUUUCUCCCGAGGACCCAGCAUACUGGGAAUGGUCAUGGGAUGAACUUGUGGCAUUUGAUCUUCCUGCCACUUUUGAGUAUGUGUAUCGCCAUACAGGCCAUCAGAAACUUCACUAUGUUGGGCAUUCUCUAGGAACUUUGAUGGCCCUUGCAUCCUUCUGUGAGCAUCACUUGCUGCACAUGGUAAGGUCAGCUGCCUUGAUCAGCCCAAUAGCCUAUAUGAACCAGGUGAGAUCCCCCAUUGCGCGAGGUGUAGCCGAAGCCUUUACCGCAGAAAUCUAUUACCGGCUGGGUAUUUAUGAGUUCAAUCCACUUGGAGAAGCUGCACGCAAGCUUCUAUCGGAAAUCUGCAGGAUACCUGAUGUCAAUUGCUAUGAUAUUAUAACAUCCUUCACAGGAGAAAACUGCUGCCUCGACACUUCCUCCAUCGAGAUUUUUCUUAGGCAUGAACCACAGCCAACUGCAACAAAGAACAUCAUCCACUUGUCGCAGAUGAUUAGAAGAGGUACCAUAACAAAAUACGAUUAUGGUAAUUCCUAUGAGAACAAGAAGCACUAUGGCCAAGUCGUUCCCCCAGCGUACAACUUGUCCUCCGUCCCCAAUGAUCUUCCUCUGUUCCUCACCUAUGGGGGCCGAGACUAUCUAUCAGUUGUUGGAGAUGUCAAGCACUUGCUGCAAAGGCUGAAAUUGCAUGACAAAACCAAGUUGAAGGUUGAGUACCUCCCAAACUAUGCCCAUGCAGACUUUGUGAUGGCCGUCAAUGCAAGUCAACUUGUCUACGAUCCACUUAUUGCCUUCUUCAAGCUUCAUUGAGCUUGCUAGCUCAUUUAAUUGUUUUGUCUUAACUCCAAUUGGUUAUUUAGGAUAGGUAAAACACAAUCAAUUCAUAGGAACCAUUUGUAGAUUUC